AUGGGGGACAGCAUCCUCUGCCUUUUGUGUGAUGAAGAGCCAUUCUUUGGAACCCCCAUUGCCUCGCCACAAACCAGCCCUCAGCUCGCCUCUUCUGCCCUAUCCAAGUCUCCGUCCCCGCCGAUCGUUAGCCGCGCAGAAACAGAGAGUUUCUUUCUUGAUCUUUUGGAAAGAGAGCAUAUCUAUGCGCCAUGCCGUGGCUACCGUGAGCGACUGCAUCAAACUUCCGAUCUGCCAUUGGCGAGAACCAGAGCGAUAAGAUAUGUCAUGUCGGUUUGCAGGCGGCUAAAUUUAGGUGUUGGGACGGCAUUCAAUGCUGUGAAUUAUCUCGACAGGUUCAUCUCCAUGAACUCCAGUGUGAAAUGGGAGGAAUGGAUGACGGAACUGCUAUCGAUUGCUUGUUUGUCCAUUGCUUCCAAGAUGGACGAGGUCUCUGUUCCUCCACUGCAUGAUCUCCAGAUGGACGAUCUGGCCCGUUCGUUUGAGCCGACCACAAUCCAACAGAUGGAACUGACGGUUCUCAAGCGACUGGACUGGCGGCUGGCGUGCGUCACGCCCUACACGUACUUGGAGGCGGUAGCGUGGGACUCGCAGUUGCACCGUGCGUGCGCCGUCGAGCUCCUCGUCGCCGCUUUAUUAGAUGCCAGAUUUAUCGGAUUUAAUGCGUCCAGCGUGGCAGUGUCGGCGCUGAAAGCUGUGGAAGGAGGCGGAGCUGCUGCUCUUGCCCUCCUCCUCUCCAUUGAAGCCGACACGAAGGUCGGCCGGCAGGUCAAUGAGGUAGCAGAAUGCCAACGAAUGAUGCGAGAUCUAGAGACGACGACGACGACUGACGUGAACAUCUUUCUGCACAGCCCCAAAGCUGCGAUAUCUAUGCAAACAGCCCCUGAAUCUAGUGCUCUGCGCAUCUCCGCAGCCCCUGAGCUGCAGGGUCCAGUUUUGAAGAAACAAAAGAGAGAAGAGAUCGAUGAUGAUCCACGAAGAAUCACAAUUUCAUAA